CACGGAGUGCUGCGUUCAGGACUUCACCGCCACAGUUUUCCAUUUUUGUAAGUUUGCAAGUUGCAGAACUUAUGAUAGGACACUAAACAAGUUCACAGCAAGUUAAUCGGGCUGAAGUUGCUCUCUUAAAGUCGGGAAGAUGACUUUUUGCGAGACCUGGUGUGUUGUACUCCUGCUGCCUCUGCUGAUAUCAGCCCAGUAUCAAGGGGACAACGGAAUAGUCGUCCCGGAGCACGGAUUUUGUCAGCCGAUCUCAAUACCUCUGUGCACGGACAUCGCCUAUAACCAAACCAUCAUGCCAAAUUUAGUGGGCCAUUACAACCAGGAGGACGCAGGGCUCGAGGUGCACCAGUUUUACCCUCUUGUAAAGGUACAGUGCUCGCCGGAGUUGAAAUUCUUCCUGUGCUCCAUGUACGCGCCUGUGUGCACAGUUUUGGAGAAGGCCAUUCCUCCCUGUAGGUCAAUCUGCGAGAGAGCCAAGCAGGGCUGCGAGGCUCUCAUGAACAAGUUUGGCUUUCAGUGGCCGGACCGCCUGCGCUGCGAAAACUUCCCUGUGCUGGGAGACGGACAGAUCUGUGUGGGCCAAAACGAUUCCUCCACCGCCACCGUCCCACCCCUCACAUCUGUCCCGGGGACCCAGGACCUCACCAUGGCCCCCAGACAUGAGAGGCCUUUCCGUUGCCCACCAGUUCUCAAAGUACCAACAUAUUUGAAUUAUAAGUUUUUAGAGGAGAAAGACUGUGCAGCUCCCUGUGACCCCUCGAGGAGCGGUGGGUACAUGUUUUUCACUGACAAAGAAAUUCAUUUCUCCCGCAUAUGGAUUCUGGUCUGGUCUGUGUUAUGUUGUGCAUCUACAUUAUUCACAGUUACCACCUAUUUAGUGGACAUGCAGCGCUUCCGGUACCCUGAGCGACCUAUCAUCUUCCUGUCUGGCUGCUACACUAUGGUCUCCAUAGCCUACAUAGCUGGCUACUUCCUGGGAGACAAAGUGGUGUGCAAUGACAGCUUCACCCCAGAGGGCUAUAAAACCAUCGUCCAAGGCACCAAAAAAGAAGGCUGCACCAUCCUCUUCAUGAUGCUCUAUUUCUUCAGCAUGGCCAGCUCCAUCUGGUGGGUCAUCCUGUCUCUCACCUGGUUCCUGGCAGCAGGUAUGAAGUGGGGCCAUGAGGCCAUUGAGGCCAACUCUCAAUAUUUUCAUUUGGCAGCCUGGGCAGUGCCGGCCGUCAAGACCAUCAGCAUCCUGGCCAUCGGGCAGAUCGAGGGCGAUGUGCUCAGUGGCGUCUGCUUCGUCAGUCUCAGCAGCCUGGACCCUCUACGAGGCUUUGUGUUGGCCCCUCUCUUCAUUUAUCUCUUCAUCGGUACCUCUUUCCUGCUGGCCGGCUUUGUGUCACUGUUCCGAAUCCGCACCAUUAUGAAACAUGAUGGCACCAAGACAGAGAAGCUGGAGCGACUGAUGGUGCGGAUUGGGGUCUUCAGCGUGCUCUACACCGUCCCUGCCACCAUUGUUAUAGCCUGCGUCUUCUACGAGCAGGCCUUCCGCUCCCACUGGGAGCGCAGCUGGGUCAGCCAUAACUGCAGAGGCCUGGCCAUCCCCUGCCCCAUGCAGACCGGGCCACGCAUGACUCCAGACUUUACUGUCUACAUGAUCAAGUACCUGAUGACUCUGAUAGUGGGUAUCACUUCUGGUUUCUGGAUCUGGUCUGGGAAAACUCUACACUCCUGGCAUAAGUUUUACACAAGGCUGACGAAUGGCAAACAGGGAGAGACCACUGUGUAGAAUAAAGGGACAUCCAAAUGUUGCUGGGACUAGUUUGUGUAUUAUUACCUGUUACCUCGUGUCAUAGGUAAGUAGCACAGUGAGGAGCUAUAGGUUCUUACAGCAUUUGUAUUCACCUCAUCUUUUAUAGCCACACAUGCAUGCCAAACUGAGGGUCAGGGGUUUGACAAAAGGGCAAGCUGUAUAAACAUGGACUGAGCCUGACUGUCUGAACAAAUAACAAGCAUGGCUAUGGAUGCCAUGUGCUGAAAUGCUCUCCCUCCCCCUCUCUUAAAACCACCAUAAGCUCAAGGGGAGUGAUGAUCCAGCAGCCAAGAACAGAGAGCGAGCAGAAGGGGAACGAGCGCUGGACGAGUUCUGCUUUAUUCUCUCUGUAAACAUUUCAUAAUGUAAUUAAAUGAAAUUGUAAAUAGUAUUUGUAAAAACAUGAAAUUCUAUAUUUGUAUUUAUAAGUAAAUACUUUUCCUUAUCUGCUAGUGUACCUGCUUUACUUUUGCACUGUAAGAAAGCCACAUAUCGUAGAUGUAAACAUACUCUUUUUUUAUUCAUUGCUGGUUAUAAAUCACGUUGUUUUUGUAUGGAUUAAAAGAACAUUUCACACUCUG